AUGUUGUUGUAUAACAUAACUCUGCAGAAUAACACAAGUAUCAAUGCUGCAGUUCAUGGGUGUUUUGCUGGAAAUAGUAAGAGUCAAGUAAGUUAAACUUAAGUUAUAUACCAAUUCUUAUUUUAGGAGAUUUGUAUAGCCAAAGGAACGACACUACAAUUGAUACAAUGCGACAACAAACAAGGAAAGAUGGCAAUUGUCUGUAGCCAUGAUGUGUUCGGAGUUAUCAGGUCUUUGUUGGCCUUCAGGUUAACUGGCAGUAGCAAAGGUAUGUUUGAAAAUGUUUUUUAAUGUAUUAUUUGUUUAGAUUAUAUUGUGGUGGGCACGGAUUCUGGCAGAAUUGUGGUUCUGGAGUAUAAUGGAGAAAAGAAAUGUUUUGAUCGUGUUCAUCAGGAAACAUACGGCAAAACCGGAGUAAGAAGAGUUGUUGCUGGGCAAUAUUUAGCUGUAGAUCCGAAAGGUCGAGCUGUUCUGAUUGGCGCGGUGGAGAAACAGAAGUUGGUUUAUGUUAUGAACAGAGAUGCACAAGCCAAUCUUACCAUCAGUUCUCCGUUGGAAGCUAACAAAAACAACAGUAUCUGUUUCGCUGUCACAGGAAUUGAUGUUGGUUUUGAGAAUCCAACGUUUGCUUGUUUAGAAGUUGAUUAUGAGGUUAGUUUUAUAUUGUUUUUGGUAUCAAAGGCUUAAAUGUCGUUUUAGGUAAUGAAAAUUCGAGUAAAGAUAUUAAAGUAUAUUGUUUUAGGAUGCAGACUAUGAUCACACAGGUGAAGCAGCCAAGAAUGCGAAACAGACUUUGACCUUCUACGAACUUGAUCUUGGUUUAAACCACGUUGUAAGAAAAUACGCUGAGCCAAUGAAGCAGUUUGGAAAUCACCUUAUCUCAGUUCCAGGAGGUAACGAUGGGCCAAGUGGAGUAUUGUGUUGUUGUGAAGGAUAUUUGGUUUAUAAAAACUUUGGAGAACAGAACGAUAUUGUGUGUGCCAUUCCUAGGCGAAGGGUAAGUUGACAUUAUAGUUAUAAAGUGUAUUUUCGUUUUGAGAAUAUAUUUUAAAACGGAUCACAAACCUUUAUUAUUUAUUUUGAAAAUUUAGAAUGAGUUGGACGACAGUGGCAGGGCGAUGUUGAUCAUAGCAUCAGCUACACACAAGACCAGGACUUUGUUCUUCUUCAUACUUCAAGCUGAGAAUGGAGAUUUGUUCAAAGUUAACUUGGUGACUGAUGGAGACGUUGUAACUGAGAUGAGGAUAAAAUACUUUGAUACAGUUCCACCGGCUAACGGACUGUGCAUUCUUCGGACUGGUUUUCUAUUCGUGGCUAGCGAGUUUGGAAAUCAGUGAGUUUUCAGCUAUUAGAUUUUAACCACGGACGGAUACAAUUAUUUUAAGUUGUUUUUGGACCGUAUAUUUAAUAUUUUAGCCAUUUGUACCAAAUUGCACGUCUUGGUGAGAAUGAUGAUCAGCCGGAAUUCUCUUCUAAGAUUUCGUUAAGUGAGGGAGAAGCUCACUUCUACGACUGUCGACCCUUACACAACUUGAUCAUGGUCGAUCAGAUGGACAACUUGUGCCCGUUGAUUAAAACUAAGGUAUGUUAUAUAAGUUUUGUUGUUUUAUGAUAUUCACACUAUGUAUUGUAUGAUUGUUCUAAAUUUAGCUAAUAAGUCUUGCUAACGAGAUAAAAUUUUUGCUUUUAUACAGUUUUAAAAGCAUUUUGAUACCUAAAAUUUAGGUGGAAGACAUGGUGAAUGACGGCGCUCCUCAACUGUACUCAUUGUGUGGCCGCGGACCAAAGUCGACGUUACGUAUGUUAAGAAACGGAUUAGAAGUGUUGGAAAUGGCAGUUUCGGAGUUGCCAGCUAAUCCGACCGGUGUGUGGACAGUGAAGAGAAACGUCGACGGUAAGUGGAAGAUUAGCGCUGAAACUAAUGUGCUUUAGACUUGUACCACUCUCAGAUUGUUGUUUCCUUUGUCAAUGCUACUUUGGUGUUGGGGAUCGGCGAGACUGUGGAAGAAAUCGCGGAUUCUGGAUUCUUGUCUACGAGUCCAACGCUGUCUUGUGGACUGAUUGGAGAUGACUCUACUAUUCAAGUAAGGUUUUUUUAAUGAACAUAAAGUUUCAACUUUUUAGUUUUUAAUGUUUACUUUGAUUGUUUAGGUAUAUCCAAAUGGUAUCAGACACAUCAAAGCGGACAAACGUAUCAACGAAUGGAGAACACCAGCCAGAAGAACGAUUACCAAAUGUGCUCUGAACAGAAGACAAGUUGUUAUCUCUCUAAAUGGAGGAGAAAUUGUUUAUUUUGAGUUGGAUGUAUCAAAUCAGCUGAGAGAAUAUUCCGAACGUCGUGAAAUGACUUCUGAAGUCUUGUGUUUGGGGAUGGCUGAUGUUCCAGAAGGGGAACUGAGAUCUCGGUUUUUGUGUGUUGGACUGGCUGACAGAACAGUCAGAGUAAUAUCACUGGAUCCUGCUGAUUGCUUGGCUCCGUUGAGGUAAGUUUUGUAACUUUCAACUCUAUAUUCAUCAUGUUGCGACUUAUUUUUAAAUUAUAUCAUUGUAUUUCUGUUUAUAGCAUGGAGAGUUUGCCGUCCGAACCCGAGAGUUUGACGAUAAUGGAGACAACGGCCGAAGGCUCUAAUUCAAGCGUCCUCCAUCUGAAUGUGGGACUUCAGAAUGGGUGCCUGCUUCGAAUUACACUGGAUCAGGUUACUGGGGACUUGUCUGACAACCGAACGCGUUAUCUCGGCGCCAAACCAGUAAAAGUGUUUCCAGUCAAGAUUCAGGGCAAGGAUGCGGUACGUUAUUAGCAAUUGUGAUGGGGCAUUUGUUUGUAACUAUUACAAUCUCUAGUUUUAGUUGUUUGCGUGUUCAAGUCGAGCAUGGCUUUUCUACAAUUACCAGAGCCGGUUUCACUUAACACCGCUCAGUUAUAUGUCUCUCGAGUAUGCGGCCAGUUUUUCAUCAGAACAGUGUUUCGAGGGGAUUGUUGCAAUCACGGAACGCGCUUUAAGGUAUGUUUUGAUGGUUUUUGGGUAUUUAAUGAACUAAGUUUGCGUGUUUUGCUAUUAUAUUACGGUAAUUUUUUAUAUUGGCAUAAUUUGGUUAACCUAAAGUAAUCUGUAUUCAGGAUUCUGGCAUUGGAAAAGCUGGGAACGGUGUUCAAUCAAAUGAAGUUUCCUCUCAAAUACACUCCACGUCGCUUCGUUUGUCACAAGCCCUCUGGCAACAUUGUGAUUAUCGAGACUGACCAUGCCGCCUUCACGGAAAAGGCCAAGCGCAGGAGAAGAGAAGAAUUGGCAAAGGUGGGCAAAUCACGGUAAAAACUAAACUCAAUUUAGGAGGUGAGAAAGUUGGCAACGUCAGAGGAGGAACGAGAAAUGGCAGAGGAAAUGGCCAACCAAUUAACAAAUUACGAGCCUGAUGAAUCAACGUUUGGAGCUCCGUCUGCUCAUAACGGUGCCUGGGCGUCAGCGGUUCGUAUGGUCAGCGCGAAGAACGGAGCCACACUUUGUAACUACGAACUUCCGGAAGGCGAAGCAGCAUUCAGGUAUUAAUAUUGUCUUUGUUUACUAGGUUUUACACUUUUUCACUGUUUUUAAAUUUUACAGUUUUAGGUAACAAGUUUUGGUUUAGUAUAACAAUUUCUAGAAAUAAUAUUGUUUUAGUGUGGAGUUGGUUCAGUUCAAAAGCCAAGGCGACGCUACUUUUGUCCUCGUUGGCUGUGGGGUCAACUUACAACUGAGACCGCGGAAACACGCCGGCGGGUGUAUAUACACGUUCUUGUUGUCUGCAAAUGGCCACAGGUUUGACUUCAUUCACCGCACCCCAACUAAUGAGGUAUGCAAAACAAGUAAUGCACAUGUGUUAUGUAUAGAAUUGGCAUAGUUAUGGCGGUUGUUUUGUUUUCUCUACGAUAUAUUCUCGUUUUCACAAUAUUGUUUUAGGUUGUAAACGCUAUUCACGACUUCAGAGGAAUGGCUCUCGCCGGCAUUGGCAGCCGUCUGCGGUUGUUUGACUUUGGCAAACGAAAACUGUUGGCCAAGUGUGAGAACAAGGUAGGUGGAACUUAUUAUUUUUAUAAUUAUUAG